AUGCCCACACUCGUCCCACUUGAUAAUCUUCUGGGUGCGAUUCUUAUAGGUUUAGUCCUCUCAUCUAUUCUCUACGGUGUAUCAUGCCUGCAAGUAUACCUAUACUAUACGCAAUACUGCAAGAAUGACAGCCUCCGGCUGAAGCUCUUCGUUUCCCUCGUCGUUGCGCUAGAUAGCCUACACCUGGCGCUGAUAUCGUCGGCAUACUACCAUUAUACGGUUACAAACUACGGGGACUACUUGGCCCUUGAACAGGUAACAUGGACUAUCGUGGUUCAGAUCUCUAUUGGGGGACUUGUCGGCUUGUUGGUUCAACUAUUUUUUGCGACGAGACUCUAUUUUUUGGGCAAGCGAAAGCUGCUCAUACCCGGACUCGUCUGUUUCCUUGGAGUGGUCGAACUAGGCUGUUCCAUAGCAUAUACCGUUGUCGCAUUCAAAGAUCAUUACUACUCUGCAUCUGGCCAAGAACACCAUGGCGACGCAUAUACGAGCACAGCAUUGACAGCCAACAUUGUGUGUGAUCUGCUGAUUGCGGGCACUACUGUGUACUAUCUGCAAGAGGGACGGACGGCAUUUCAUCGGACAAACAAGGCGGUCACGCUCCUCAUGACCUACGCGCUUAGUACUUGUGUACUCGCCAUUUUGAACUCUCGGGAGACUGUCAGACGCGCCUUUGAGGAAGAGAUCACAUCCCACCAGCUGACCAGCUUCGAAACGCAAGCCGGCAGUCCCAACGAGGGCAAGGGAUCCGCCGAAGAAGAGACCCGUGCUAUGCGACCGUCGUCGCAUCGCCUUACUCCCAACACCACCCUUCCUGUGUACCGCCUAGCGGAUGACGGCAGAGCUUCAGGUCGUCUGGCGGCAUCACUCACGAGCACCGCGGUAUAG